CGCCGGGGCGCCGCGGGCAGUCUGCCGCUGCCACCUCAGCCCCGCUCGGUGCCGACUGACGCCCGCCGCUCACCGCCCGGAGCUGACGGUCCCACCACGCUCGCCGCCGCCGCUGCCGGCACGACAGAUUCAUCCAUGAGCUCGGAUUUCCCACAUUACAACUUCAGGAUGCCUAAUAUUGGAUUCCAGAAUCUGCCACUCAACAUAUAUAUUGUGGUUUUUGGCACUGCUAUAUUUGUCUUCAUCCUUAGUUUACUCUUCUGUUGCUACUUGAUUAGGCUGAGACAUCAAGCACACAAAGAAUUUUAUGCCUACAAACAGGUUAUAGUAAAAGAAAAAGUAAAAGAACUGAAUUUACAUGAGCUCUGUGCAGUGUGCCUAGAAGACUUCAAGCCUCGAGAUGAGUUGGGGAUUUGUCCAUGUAAGCAUGCCUUCCACAGAAAGUGCCUUAUUAAGUGGCUGGAGGUUCGCAAAGUAUGUCCACUGUGCAACAUGCCAGUUCUGCAGCUGGCCCAGUUGCAUAGUAAGCAGGACCGUGGACCCCCACAGGGCCCCCUCCCCGGGGCAGAGAACAUUGUAUAGCUCAUCACAAGGAUCAAACUGUUGCAGGAGCCAAUGUCUGCGUGGAGCCAGGAGGAACACAAGCAGUCUCUGUGUUGGCUGCUCUACCUGGGGCACCAGCUGCCGCUUCCUUUGUCUAAUGAAGAACUCUUGGGCCAACUAGGCUGGGAACCGAGACUUCUGGGUCUUGUGACAACCAAAGUACUCUGCACUACCCCAUGCCAAGAGAAGAGGAGUAGAUGAGCCUGCGGGUUUGGUUCAAGAAACCUCAUGAGGGUCUCUUGCUAACUCCAUUGCACUCUGUCUCCCAGACACUUAUCUCCAUGUCAAGGUGAAUCUUUAUCAAGCAGAAGGGAUGAUAAACACAAGUGUUAGAGAAGGGAACUGAGGGCAGGUCUUUAAAGCCACCCCAACCCCGACCCUGUGGACACAUGAGCUUCUAUGCAGACCGUGCAUGCCUUUGCAGCAGCAAACCCUCCUGGCAGCCCCUGAGCCAAGUGAAAACAGUGGUUACCUCAGCCCAAGCACAACCGGCUGCAGUGCCGGAGGCAGUGCCAACAAGGUUUUUCACGUUAUGUCCCUUUGAUAAGGCCAUCUUGGAACCUAAGGGCUUUGGUUACAAAAAAGCAGCAGUACCCGUCACCACUGGUCCUGCCUCAAGUUCACAACACUUGCUUAUCAAAUCAUCUAAGCUAAAAACAUUAGAUGUGCUUGGAAAGGUCUGGUCAAAAGCCAUUUCCUCUUAUUUCCCCUCCUACUCACCAGUGAGGCACAGCCAAGCCGCCAUCAGGAGCCCCAGCAGGGGGUGGGCCUCUGAGCCCAUGCUGUCCCUGUAUGACCUGGGGGCCUCAGGGUGCUGCCCACAUUCCCACAUAUGCAGUGUGGUUCCAGCGUACCUGCUGGUCUUGGCCCACUGCCUCAGUAGGAAGCUGCUGUAAGCCCCUCACAUGGCUCCAAAGAGGAGCAUCUUACUGAUAACGGCCAGUCCUCCUGGCCCUGCUGAGCUGACAGAAGGAUGCUAACCCCCUUGCUUCUGCCCAUCCUUCUCUCUGUUCUCUUCCCUCUCUUGCCCUAUCUCUCUUUCUACUCAAAAGAAAAUGCCCAUCGUUGACUUAACAAUUUAAAAAGUAUCCCAAAUAAGAUCCCUAUGUAAUUCUGAAGCCAGGGAAACGCUAGAAAUUGUGAAUAGUUUCAGGAAGCUCCUGCAAGGCUAUUCACCAUUGGUGCAUGCUUCAGUAUUUGGACUUGGAUAACUAAUUGAAAGUGUCUUUAUAGGGGAGAAAUGCAUGCUGCUCUUUGGCUCUUUCUGCCCAACUUUUCUAGAAAUGACUCAGAGUCCAGCAGGAUUCAUGACUAUUUUAUGUUAGCUAUGUGAAGCAGCACUGGGUCCGAUAGAAAGUUCUCUUCCACAGCCCUGCUCUCCACCUCCCUCCAUCAUAGGGGUGGGACUCCUCAUCAACAGCUUUGCCUCUCUGCUCCAUCCCACAAGUGUGAGUGGGGGAAGUUUCUCAUUGGAAAUACAGCCUGCAUGAUAUGGAGAGAGUGGAGGAAACUUUGCUACUCUGUUCAUGGCAUGUCUCCAGGAAUUUUCUUGGAAUCCAGCCUCUACCGUCUUAGAAUGGGCGAGGGAACCUGUCCUUGGCUCAGGUGGCUGGGAUCAGAUGAGGAGGAAAAUUCCCAUUAGCCUAGAAAAGUGCUGGGCAGAAUCCAGUUUGGGAAAUUACAAAUCCAGUUGGUCAGAAUUGGCUGUACCCUACAUGUGACCUAUUCGUGGUAUGCUAACUAGACUGCUUCUUUAAACAGGGCAAGGGAAUAUUUUUAUAUGAAAGCCUUAGUCUGUCUGGCACCCAUGAAAAGAACUAUUUGUACACUCCUACUUUCACCCUCUGUUUCUGCAUUCUCUAUUUUGUAGCACAAUAGAGUUGAAUGCUGCAAAGCACCCAGUUUAUAGUGAAAUGUUUUCAAUGACCAGUGUUAGAAAUAGGCUUGCUUUGGACUAGCCUCAUUAAUAGCCAACACUCACCAUUUUCACAUAGUGGCUUUGGGACAAAUGUCACCUCUUAGUUAUGGGGUUCCAAUAGGAAAUAGAAUUUUUCCCUUCAAAGGAGGAAUUCUUGUGUUCUAUACUGCAAAUAAUUUCAUCUCACAGCUUUUGUAGGAUUAUAGCCUUUCAGUGCAUCAGUACCAAGGAGACAGCCUCACGAAGUCCCUGUAUUUGUAGGGAAGCAAAUUAAUUCAUCUCACAGUGCCACAGCUAAAGGCCAGUUGGACCAGAUGUUCAAAGCCCAUCCAUUAGAGGAAAGCUUGAGAGUGCUGUGCGCUCCCCACUAGGCACCAUCAUGGGUCUGCUUUACACCAUGACCUCAACACUUGUGAAUGUGCAGGGCUUUUAAAAACCCAGCUCUUCUACUAAGGUGGGGCUUGACACUGGAGUGGUUAAGAGUGUUCACUCUGCUUGUAGUCAUCUUCCCUUUCUUGGCUUGGUGUCCUUCUAUUGCAGCAUGGCCAGUGUCACCUGCAGUAGUUAUUACUCUUAGCAACACAAUGUGAAUGUGUUUGCUCCCCACAUCUGGGUCCUCCUCCAGAACGUCCCUGUGCUGCACUGCUGUAACUGAGGACGGCCAGGGUUUAUGUCUUCCUUUAAUUCUGAUUAAAAUCACAGUUUUAUGUGAAGGACAAGGUCAAAUCUCCAUUCAAAAAAAAUUAUUUUUAAAGAACAAGGAUCCCUUAAUACUCUUUGAUCAAGCUCACACCUCACAGUGAGACCAGUGAGGCUGCCCUGUCCAAAUCUAUCUCCAUGAGUUGUUGACCUUUUGUUAAUCUGUAGACACGUGAGGACUCUGGUCUGCUUUUGGGCCACUGGCAGGUAACGUGAUUUUUUAACUUCAUCUUAAUGUGUCUUAAGCAACUCAGAGAUUGGGUGUUGCGUGCUAUGGGUUAGUGGAGCAAAACUCAGCCUCAACUGGACUCUAUGGGCAGGUGAAUCAUUAUCAAGUUGUUACUAGGGGUACAGCUGAAUUCAGCUGGCUUUAGGAACAGGGAACAAAACCAGCCUGACUUGAUUCCUGGUUGAGUAGGCCUAACAUGCUAGUUGUCAUCUGCUGCUUUUCUUUGCCACAGUGAUUUGGUUAGGCCUAUCCCUAGUAGUUAAGGCCCUAGCCAAGGAACAGGACAAGACAGUAAUGGCCAGAUGAGAGCAGGUGGCCCAUGGGGAAGUCUGGGCUGAGGGAUACAGGGGACCUCACACCAUUGCCAAAUACCCUGUUCUUGACAAAGAUCCUUUCCCCAGUGCCUAGCCCCUCAAAUCCAUCAAACGAAUGACCUCACGCCCUGUUCCUUUCUACAUUACCCAUUCCAAAGCCUAUCAUCUUCAUGGCCUCGUCCCAUUCUGCUAAGCUACCCUGAACGACUGUAGCAACUGUUUUUCUGAGAGGUUUUCUGGGAAUUAUGAAAUGCACACAGGGAGGCAUCCCCAGAGCUCUGGAGAGAAAAGGUGCUCAGCUUGAUUUGAAUCACCCCCUUGCCACUCACUAGCCACGUGCCUUCCUGCAAGUUAGCCUCCCAAAGCCUGUUUCCUUAUCCGCCCACCCAGGGAUUGUAGUAAGGGUGUCCCCACCAGCUCUUGUGGGGAAUUGGCCACCAUGUCUAGAGCCCAGCAGGCAGGCCUAGGGUCAUGGGGGCUGGUGCUACUAGGUGACAUCAUCAUGCUGGCCACAUGGGGCUCCUCUGUUGUCCCGGUAGAAACAACCUCAGCAGAGAGCCUCCUGAGAUGUAGGGGCUCUCCCCCUGGGUCCCAGUUUGCCUGGCUCCCUUCCCUUUCCCCUUUUGAUCUUCCUUAGUCACUUCCAUUUACCUUUGCCCACGGUGCUCCCCAACAUGGUUGCUCAGUGCUGAAUAUUCCUUAAUUUUUUGAAUAGGUAAUCCCUUCAAGUGGUUCACGAAUCAUAAACAGUUAAGUCUUCCUUGCAUCCCUGACCUCCAAGCAAGCCAAGUUUCUCACCCCUUGAGCACCCACUAUUAGUUCCUUGUGGAUUCUUCCAGAGAUUAUUUAUACAUGUACAAG